AUGCCUUUCGAUGUGAUCCGUCCCAUGUCGGGAGCACCGCCAUUCGCCCAAUCCCAUAAAUAUUUAUACCGUCUUCGGCGACGCGGUCUGCUUCGGAAAUGGCAGAACCCACUCGCUUCUGUUGCUCUGCACCCCAUCAUAGCCAUCCUGGGCUUCCUCCUUUCCUCUUCCCCGCUGGAGCUAUUUUCUCACGAGCCUGACGAUCAUAUUUGCCCUCUCCAGAUAUAUCUGGUAUUCCUUCAUGCCGACCGCUGUUCCUCACCCUCACAUCCUAUUGUGGCCCUGUUUCCUGUCCUAGCCGCCCUCCCCUCGCCCUCCCAGUGCUGGCGCAUAGGUUGUUCGACAGCUCCUGGUGGACUUAUAGACAAGCAAAAACGCGUGGAUUUGGCUCUGAUUUCUACUGGUGCUCCUGGAACACGCUGGCUGUGA